AUGCCUUCCGCAAAGGAGUCCCCCGCGAUUAAAGUGUUGAUGCUUCAUGGCUACACUCAGAGCGGGCCACUGUUCCACGCAAAAACGCGGGCCAUGGAGAAGCACCUACAAAAGGCUUUUCCUGGGAUUUCUUUGAGCUAUCCUACAGGUCCCCUACAGCUCAGGCCAAAGGAUGUGCCCGGUUAUGAUGCAUCCUCAAGUGAUGAGCCGGAUAGUAUCGAAGCUUACGGAUGGUGGCGUCGUUCGGACACAGCGGAUCCACCAGAGUAUGCGCUUUUGGAGGAUGGCCUGGAAACUGUUGCCAAGGUGCUCGAGACUGAAGGCCCUUUUGACGGCGUUAUCGGAUUUUCACAAGGAGCAGCCCUGGCCACCAUGGUAGCUUCCUUACUGGAGGGCGAGCCACGAAAGAAAGCAUUCGAACACGCGCGGUCGAAAUCAUCGCUGGCAAUCCCUUAUCCUACAUCGUUCGAGCGGCUCAACCAUCCGCCUCUAAAAUUCGGUGCUGCAUAUUGCGGCUUCAAAGCUCCUGGUGAGAGAUACACGGGUUUCUACGAGGCACCUCUGAUUCAGACACCCUUUAUUCAUUUUAUUGGCAGUCUCGACAGCGUGGUCGAUGAGACGCGGACACAAGCAUUGGUGGACGCCACGGGAGGAGAAGGAAAGACACAGGUUAUCGUGCAUCCCGGUGGCCAUUUUGUGCCGAGUGGAAAGCAGUAUCUUGACACAAUCGCCGCUUUUAUCAGGGAGAAAAUGUCGUCGCCAACUGCCGGCGCGGAUCAGGACGAAAGAGUAGAGGAUAUGGAUGUGCCGUUCUGA